ACUGGCAAGGAAAACCGGGGGAGGAGAGACGUGGUCCACCUGACCGCAUGGCUGGCGCCAACGCAGAAGGUUGGUUAUAUUUCUCGCGGUGGUCGAGGCGGUCAGCAGCACCCGCUCCCAUCCCAUCGCAUUGCCCUGCGGCCUCCGUCCGCCUCGAGACUCUUCUCGUCUCAACCAAGGCAGCGGCAAACCAACCAAGAAGAACCAACCUCCCCGUUGCUUCAGUCCUAUUCCGAGCGAGGCGGAGUUAGGUGUGUGUAUAUUUAGCGCAGAGAGAGAGAGAGAGGAAAGUUCGAUUGAUUCACUCGUGUUUGGAUCGGUCUCGGAGGGAGGACGAAGAAGAACAAGAGGCCUCUGCUUUUUUGAUACAGAAGAGGAUGCCGACGGGAACGAUGAAGAGGCUGUUCGUUGAGUCGUCGUCGUCGUCCGGAAGCGGCGGGGGGAGGGAGCCGGCGGCGGCGGCGGCGGUGCUGUGCGCGCCGCGCCCGCGGAGGGUCCAGGCCCAGCCCUGCAGCGCCGACCUCAUCCUUGGCCCUCCGCCCUUCCUCCUCAACUCCUCCGGCAACACCAGAAAGCAGAUAGAAGGGAAUCUUCACAAGACGCGUGGGGACGAGGACGAGGGCUGGGCGAUGUUCGGCGGGUCGCCGCCGGCGCGGGUGGACAACCCGCUCGUCCACGACCCGCACUUCCUCCUCAACCAGCGGGCCCCGGCCUCGGAUCUCGCCGUUUUUGACCACCACAUCCGCAGCAGCCACCACCACAUCCCUACUUCCUAUAACAGCAGCAGCAGCAGCAGAGACCACAGUUUUGCCCCGUCGUACGCGCCGGCGGUGAGGAUCCAGGGCUUCGACGUCGCCUCCUGCCGGGGCUCCCACAACAGCAGCAACAGCAACGGCCGCGUGCUCUCCGCCCGCGCCUGACCGGCGGCUCCGGCAGCGGAGGAGAGAACCGAAUCGAACCCCAUCCAGUCCUCACAUCUUGUACAGUUUUCGCCGGCCAAGCAUCGUCCCGUCCGUAAGUACGUGUAGUGUAAUAUUAUCAUGCUAUAUAUACGUGUGGUAAAUUAAUCAGCCAUCCCAUCGCAUCCUGUGAUAUAUACGGUUUCCUUUAUAUUAACAUGAGAUCGGUAGCGAGGGUCCAAGAUUAAGUUAAAGGAAGAAGGGUGUUUUGAGUAGAUUUGAGAUCGUCUUUACACAGACAGAAGAGAGGAUGAAAAAAAGGGGAGAGGGAAAGAGAGAAAUUCUUCGCUACUUCAUCCUUUUUCUUCCUCGAGCUAGCUUUUUAUUUUCUUUCCUUUGUGUUGUGUUGGGGUCGUUUUUUUGUAGAUAUCGUGUUCUAGUUAUUAUUGUUCCAAAGGUCCCAGAUGAGUUGGAGAAAAAAAGAGAGGGCUCUGCUGUUGUGCUAAGCCGUCGUCCAUGUAACCAUGGUUGUACUGUACAAAGAAAAGGAUGAACAAAGAAGUUUGUACAUAAACUUUGAUACUACUAGCGUGUGAUCUACCAGUUGCAUGAGAAA